CGCAUGCGCAGAGGCCCGGGAGGGCGCAGCACCAUCAUCAGCAGCAGCAGCAGCCGCCGGGAGACUCAGGAGUGUUCGGUGUGUUUGUUUCACCAAGAUAAGCUUCUCUACACCAUGUCGGGAUUUGACACCAACCCCUUCGCCGACCCGGUGGACGUGAACCCCUUCCAGGAUGCGUCGGUCAAACAAGCCACCGGCAGAGCCUCUGAAAACCUCGGGGAGUUCAACCCGUUCUCUGCUCCUGACACGGUGAAUCACUCGGCCACCACCAUCCCCGUCUCCGCUGCCUCGUCUCAACCCGCCGUGCUGCAGACGUCUGUGGAGCAGAGCGCUCAAGCGACUGCAGCCGCCGGCCAGGCCAACCUGAUCAAACAGCAGGAGCAGCUGGAGAGGAAAGCAGCCGAGCUGGAGAGGAAGGAGCAGGAGCUGCAGAACAGGAGCACGAGUGGAGCAACCAACUCUGGGACUAAAGAGAACAACUGGCCGCCUCUUCCAAAGUUCUCCCCAGUGAAGCCCUGCUUCUAUCAGGACUUUGAGGAGGAAAUUCCCGAGGACUACCGCAGAAUCUGCAAGAGGAUGUACUACCUGUGGAUGUUCCACAGUGCCACUCUGUUCCUCAACGUGUUGGCCUGCCUGGCUUACUUCACCGCAGACACGGCUUCCGGUGUCGACUUUGGUCUGUCCAUCCUCUGGUUCAUCCUCUUCACCCCCGUGGCCUUCAUCUGCUGGUACAGACCCGUCUACAAAGCCUUCAGGUCCGACAGCUCCUUCAGCUUCUUUUUCUUCUUUUUUGUCUUUUUCUUCCAAGUGGCCGUGUACAUUAUCCAAACGGUGGGGAUUCCCAGAUGGGGAAACAGCGGAUGGAUCGCAUCCAUCAGCAUGAUCGGCACUAACCUGGCUGUGGCCGUGGUGAUGAUGGUAGUGGCCGGAUUUUUCACCGUAAACGCCAUCCUGGCUGUCAUCCUACUGAAAAUCGUCCAUUCUAAGUACAGGAGGACCGGCGCCAGCUUCUCCAAGGCCCAGCAGGAGUUCUCCCAGGGAGUCCUGACCAACCGGUCCUUCCAGAGCGCUGCAUCCAGCGCCGCCGCCUCCGCUGCCCAGGGAGCGUUCAGCAGAGGUCAGGGGAAUUAGACAGUUUCCCACAGCCUCAGAGCCUCGGGAACCUCCAGCAUUAUUCACGGGCUUUAGGAGGGCUUGGUUAUUUAAAGAAAAAGGGCAAAAAAAAACAAGGAUGAACUUAUGAUGAGAUCAGCCUAGUGAGGUGUCGCUAUCCACCACUCCUGCUAUGAAACUUUAUUUACUUCCAUGAUCUUCUAGAUGUAAUGCCUGGUGCAUGUCCUGGUUAUUAAUGAAGUCCCUCAUCAGUAAACAAUGCGUUUGAAGUCUGCUAUAGGAAAUGUACUGUAGGAAACUGAAACCAAGUGAAGUUAAACAGGAGGCAGAGUGGGUGUAAAUGGAAAAAUUAUCAGAACUAACUCCUGAAAUGCAUUUAACACGACGACAUAGAGGUCAACGUGAGAUUAUGUGCAGGGGAAAAGUGCAUUUAAUUCCUGUCAUUCUUAAUGAUGCUGGCAAAGAGAAUUUAAUAAUCUCUGGUUUAUGUAGAAAUAACUCUCUGGGCCUUAAAAAGUAAACACUCUUUGGAUUAUAUUAGAAGCAUAUUUGACAUGAGAAUGUUUUACCAUCAGUGAAUGAUGGAUCCACGUAAUGUGUGUAGACUUAUUUAAUCACAGCAGCAGCAUGUAGAGCCUUAAUUCUGACCCUCAUAUUUUAAUAAUAUCUAUAGAACACUUUACAUUUUCUGCUUCCUUUCCUCUGAGACACACUGGAUGAUGAUCCUGUUCCACUACUGAACUCUCUGAAUCUGAUGAUUUCCAGAUGAUUAUUGAAGUUGACGGGAUGAAGUUUUUUUUUCUUUGUACUGUUUUAAUCAGAUUUUUGAUGAAGUGAGGUGAAUGAAGCUGAGUUUUAAACCGGGUGUUACGUUUAUGUUUUCUGUCUAAGCCUGGCUGUGGUUAAAAUGAAAGACGGGGUGCAGGUUUAUUCAUGUAACGUUACUGACAUAAGUUUAGAUGGAUUUACUUUUUCUAAAAAAGUGCAUUAAUGAGCAGAAAGAACACAAUAUUUGUCUGUCAGUUAUUUAUUCUUUUACCUUUGUACCGAUAGUAAAUACACUGCAGGCUAAAGUCACAUGUUUCUGACACAUAGCUUGUAUUUUCUAACUACUUGUUUGGUAUUUUCAUGUCUUUCCGUGUGUGUGUGCAUAUAAACGCUGUCUGAAUCGCUUCAUUUAGGGUUAACCUCGGUGCCUUUAAACAGAUGUACCCUACCAGGGGAUUUAAGCAAAGGGCUGUUGAUUGUUAGUCUGAUUUUUAGAAGAAGUUGUAUCACGGUGAAGUUUCCCUGUCAUGAUCUGAAUGUGUGUUGAGUCAUCUGGUACAUAUCGGUGACUUAUUUAAGGGUAUUUGUUGAACUUUCUCAGUCUUAAUAAUAAAUAAACUGUUAAAUUGUU